CACCCCAAAAAAUCUGGCAAAAAUUCCUUGGGAAUGCUGGAAUUCUAAAGAAAGGAACAGUCAGCUCCAUGAAAUUUUAGGAGGGGAAAAAAAUUCUUGUUUUUUCCCAGGUUUUGGGCGUUGCCAAAUGUUGGGAAUUCUCUCAGAAGGUGGAAACCCUAUCCCUAAUCCCCCACCCUUUGGGGGGGAUUUCCAGGGGAAAGGCUGUGCAAGGAUGAACAGGAGCCAGCAGGGAUUUUCCUGGUCCUGGGAAUGCUCCUGGCUCCUGGAUUCUCCCAGCACUUUGCCUCGCCCUUCAGCAGGAAUAUCGGAUUGGAUGUUUGCAGUAAUUGGAAUAUUGAAUAUCCCCCCGUGGGGAUGGGGGGGCUCAGCUGGGCACCAGCGCCCCUGGGAGCUCAUUCCCACUCUCAGAGUGUGGCAAUGGGAAAACUGAGCGGGAAAACUGGGCACAGCCAGGCUGUCCUGGAUGUCCUGCCCUGCUCCAGGCUCUGCUCCCCUGGGAGCAGCAGAAUUCCUCACCCCAGGCACCUGCGGGAGCCGUGGCCGUGUCCUGAGCUCCCGACAGCGGCCCUGGGAAGGGCAGCUAGGAUGCCAAGGGAAUUCCUUUGUGGGGACAAAGGUGGCACUGGGAGAGCUCAGCCUGGCCCGGCUGCAGGAGGGACCAGGAAAACAGGGAAACAGGGAAAGAGGGAAUCAGGAGGGACCAGGAAAAGAGGGAAACAGGAAAAGAGGGAACCAGGAGGGAUCAGAGAUAGAGGGAAUCAGGAGGGACCAAGAAAACAGGGAAUCAGGAGGAACAAGGAAAAGAGAGAACCAGGAGAGACCUGGAAAAGAGGGAAUCAGGAGGGACCAGGAAAACAGGGAACCAGCAGGGACCAGGAAAAGAGGGAACCAGGAGGGACCUGGAAAAGAGGGAAUCAGGAAAAGAGGGAACCAGGAGAGAUCAGGAAAACACAGCCCCAAAUGCGUCACUGGGGGCUGAGGGCUCUUCCCCAUCCCCUGGAAUCAAUUAGGGAACAAUUCAGGCUGGAAAUACCGGGAAGGGAACAGAGCAGGGAUGGGCAAACCUCAAACAAUGCAGACGUCUGGAGACUCGUCUGGGACAGAGCUCGGGUGGCACCGGGGAGCUCUCCGGGAGCUGGCACCGGGAGGAGCCGCCCCGGGAGCUCCAGGCUUGCCUCAUUUUCCCUCCCACCGAGCUUUUUCCAAGGACUGCUGAAGGAAUCACUCCCUGCUCCAGGGGAGAACAGCCCCACGGAGAGCUGGAGCUCAGAACAAAGUGCCGGGCCCAGUCCAGGGUGCCAGUCCUGGGUGCCAGUCCUGGUCCCAGGUGCCAGUCCUGGGUGUCAGUCCCAGGUGCCAGGUGCCAGUCAUGGUUCCAGGUGCCAGCCCCAGUCCUGGGUGUCAGUCCCGAUUCCAGGUGCCAGUCCUGGGUGUCAGUCGUGGUUCCAGGUGUCAGUCUCGAUUCCAGGUGCCAGUCCUGGGUGCCAGUCCCGGUUUCAGGUGCCAGUCCUGAUUCCAGGUGCCAGUCCUGGGUGCCAGUCCCGGUCCCAGGUGCCAGUCCCAGGUGCCAGUCCCGGCUCCCGGAGUCCCAGCCACAUCCAAGGGAGCUGAUCCUCCAGGAGAGCCAAGCCCAUGGCAGAGCAGAGAGGCUCCGUGCCCUGCUCCCAGCCUGCCAGGCUUUGGGGCAGAGCUGCAGCAGGGAUGGAUUUAUCCCCGCAGUGUCCGCAGAGGGGAAACCCCCCCGGGGCAGCAGCAAGGCUCUGCGAGCACUGAUCCUGUCCAGCCUGGGCACGGCUGAGGGGUUUGUGGGGCGCUGCGCUGCUCCCCAGGGCUAUUUGGGUGCCCACAGCUGAGCCGGGGGGUGGCUGGCACCUCUCCCCCUUCCCAGGGGCACAGAGGUGGGCGUGAGCAGCGCUGCGGGCUCGGGGCUGUGCCACCGGGAGGGGCUCAGAGCCGGGACAGAGGGGCCCUGAGAGCCCCCUGGCAUCCCUCCCACUCCUCGGGCUCCUGGGGAUGGGCACGGGGCUGCUCCAUCAUCCCUCCGUGCCCGGGAAUGGGCACAGCCCUGCCAGGGCAGCUGCAGCCGUGCCAGGCCCUGCCAGGGCUUGGGACAUCACGGUUUGGGAGCAGGGGCUGGGACAGGCUGGGGGAGCCGGGGGGAUUCCGGCUGCUCCUCCCUCAGCGGGAUUCGGGUACCAAAAUGGGGAGGGGAAAGGGGGUUCUGCAGGCAGAGGGGAAAUACGGGGGGCUGCCCCGGUUGCUGUGCCCAGAUGUGCCCCAGGUGUGCCCAGAUGUGCCCCAGGUGUGCCCAGGUGUGUCUCAGGUGUGCCCCAGCCGUGCCCAGGUGCUCCCAGUGCCAGGCCAGGCUGUGCCGAGCAGUCCUAACGUGGUCUCCCCAAAAAACAGGGGGUGCAGGGCAGCUUGUCUGAGCAAAGGUGCAUUUCCAGCAACUCCUGCCUGGGCCAAACCCCACAAAUCCCCACCCUGAGCUACCCAAACCCCACAAAUCCCCACCCUGAGCCC